AUGGCCUGCGCGCCGGACACGGCCAAGCGCAUGGCCUUGUGGCGUUGGCUCAUCGCCGACGAAGUGGGCAUGAUCAGCUCGCGGCUGCUGGCACAAGUGGAGCUGCGCACCCAGGGGUGUGUGCCGGGCUCAAGCCGGUGGAAGCACGACGCCGCCGGCAAGGCCAGACCCUUCGCGGGGCUCAACGUCCUCUUCAGCGGCGACUUCUGGCAACUCCCACCACCCGAAGGAGGCUUUCUCGCGGAUUUGCCACUCAGGCUCCGGGCUCCGGGCAAGGCCGCCGCGGCGGGCCAGACGCGGGACCCACUCGUCGAGCACGGCCAGAGCCUCUUCUGGGACGGUGCGGUGCAGGGCGUCACCGAGCUGCUCGAGCGCGUGAGAUGCAAGGACAAAUGGUGGAACGAGGUCGUGGACGAAAUGAGGGACGGGAGGCUCUCGGAGAAGAACCACAAAUACCUCCACGGCAAGAGGGUGGAAGGCUGCACCCUCUCCCCAGAGGAGCGGCGAUCUCGACAGCGCGUCCUGGUGGACGGUCCCUGCGACCAACGCCUCCACGAGGAGAAGUUCCUGAACGCCACCGUGGUCGUGGCCAACAACGACGCCAAGUACCAAAUCAAUAAAGAUCGCGCCAAAGCCUACGCGCUGGCCGCCCAGACCCCUUUGCGCUGGUCCGUGGCCAAGGACCGAGCCGGCGCGGAGGCGCUCCAGACCCAGGCCUGCGACAAGCAGGCGAAAGUCCGAUGGCUGCAAUACCAUGACAUGGACACGGAGGGGCUCUGUGGCAUGCUUCCCUUGGCCGUCGGCAUGCCUGUAGCGCUGACCCACCACGUGGAUCGCUCCAAGAAGUCGCUCUUGAAGGGCCGCAUCGGCCACGUGCAUUCGUGGGAAUGGCUUGAGAACGAGCAGCAGCCGAGCGUGGUGUACGUGAAGUUCGAGGACGCCGACUGGAAGCUCGAGGGCACGGAGGAGGUUGGCCUCUACCCGAUCACGCGGACCACUCGAAACUGGAAACUGGACAAGAACCGGAAGCCACCGAAGCUGGGAGUCGACCGGGAGCAGAUCCCGCUCGUGCCGGCUUUCGCGAUCACGGCCCACGCCAGCCAAGGCAAGACGCUGAUCGCCGUCCUCCUCGACCUGAACGUGGAUUCCAGGACCCACGCAGCCUACGGCACCGUUGUGGCGAGCCGGGUCCGCAGCAGACACGACUUGCUCAUCCUGCGGCCCUUUCCGCUCUGGCUCUUCCAGCGCGGUGCCACGGAAGGCCCCGGGCUACUCCUCCGCAAGCUGCGAGGCGACCACAUUGACUGGGAGGCCCUCCACGAGGCACGCUGGCCCAGAGCCCCCUGCCAGACGUGCAAGAAGCGCAAGAGCUGGGACCAGUUCGCCCACGCACAGUGGGAGCUCAUUCGCUCGAACCGUGAUGGAAAGUGCCUGGAGUGUCAGCGAGCCGACAACCCGAAGGGCCCG